CUAGUUAAGCUUUGAUUAAUUUGAAUAAGACUCUGAAGGAUUUUUUCUUAGAAAGGAGUAACUGUUAAUUUAAAUAAGCUUGUUAAGAACUAAUUUUCAUGUUCGAAAAGUUUAAUUGUUGCCGGAAAUUUAAAAAAUUCUUAGUGUACGCCACUGUAUUGAGUAGAAUGAUCACUGAUGGCCGGUCUAAGCAUUGCGACCCAAGUGCGAAAAUUACAAAUAAUCGAAUUCUCUAUUUUUUUUGCGAAAAACUGAGACAACUGCCCUAACUUUGGAUUAUGAGAAAAGAAAUUUUGUGUGUAUGUGAAAAACAAUCUUAAGUUUUAUCAUGUGAUUACAGUGAAAUAAGUGCGGGCCCGGGCUUUGCUAGAUUAAAUUAUGGCGUCUAACGAGGAUACUAGUGGAGAUGAUGAUAGUAGCGUUUUCUUCAAUAAACAAAAGGGACAUUCGGGAUCUAAUGAAACAUGCGUUACCUGUGACUUGCUAAAGUCUAAAUGUGUUUGUGGUGUGGAAAAAAGAGCUUUCCACAUUGAGGACUUACUUCAUUUGCAUUCCAAUGUCAACAAUCAAUUAGUGGAUGAAUUUAUGCCGCUAAGUAAUGGACAAGACUCGCCAGAGGAGUAUGAUAAAGAAGUUUCAUUGACGAAUCCAAAUCCUGCAAACAACACUUUUGAUUUUCGUGAUAUUCCAAAAACUCCAUCAAUAACAACAGGUUCGGAGUCAGACGAUGGUAUUCUUCAAAGGUUGAUUAGUGAUGAUAUGGCGAUGCUACCCGAUUCGUCUAUAAAUGGAAAGGCGACUACGAGGGCUGUGUCAUUUGAAAAGGUUAAUGAAGAUUGUGAGAAAUCUUUUGUUGACGAUGGUAAAAAGGAGACAAAUAGUUCAGACGAUACACAAACUACUUGUGAUGAUAUUCCUGAUACUCCAGACAUCAGGCUAAAGGAUUCAAAUGAUCAUUCAAAUGAAUCCCAGUGUUUAUUAACAAAUGAUUUUCAGUCCAAAGCUGUACCAAACAACGUCGGCUGUGACAUACCUUGCACAGAUAAUCCACAUGAUUUGAUACCUACUACAAACAAUAAUACCAUUAAAAUUGACCCUGAUAUUGAGACAAAGACAAUGACAAUAACAGAGAAAGAGGCAGUUAAAGAAAUUAAAAAUAUGCCUCUGCCCAAUGUCAAAGCGGAAGUAAAAACUGAGGUCAAAGUUGAAGAUGAGGAAAAUCUUGAUGAUGAUAAAAUGGCUCCUCUUAAUAAGAAAAAGAAAAUAUGUUCAUUGUUUGUAGAAAAUUUAAACCAAACGCUCCUUGAGGGAAAACAAGAAGUUGAGCUGUUACAUGAGAUUGAAAAUCAAUCAAACAAGCAUAUACAAACUCAUAAGUCAAGUUCAGCUGAAUCUGGCUCAUCAGUGGUGUCACUGGUCCAGGUUUCACCCAAAAAAGGUAGAACACAGUCUCUUGAUGUUGACUGUACAACUCCUUGCGGGAAAGGGUUAAAAAGGUCUUACUCCACAGACAAUCAGGAAUCCGGAAAUAAAAUACCUAAGUUUGAUUUUCCAGAGUUUAAAGACAAGGUAAAAACUGAAUACAGAGCUUCGAAAAGUAGGGAUAUUAGUGAAAAAAGACACGGAAGUAGUAGUGGUAGUAAGAAAUAUGAAUCAAAACAUAAAAGUUAUAGUCAUAGGCACUCCAGCAGUUCAAGUUUAAAGUAUCGAGAGAUUAAACCACGAUUGUUGACAAAUGGAAAUUACAGUUAUGCACAUGAAGAUGCAUCUUUGAAAUAUAGGAAAUAUUUUCAUCUUGAAACUCAUACAAAUGGCGGGGCUAAUGUAUUGAGAAUGUAUCAGGACGAAAUAAAACACCUCAGCUCAAAUGAAUUAAAAGAACUAUGCCUGGAAUGGUUUAAAAUAGCCUUUGAAGAAGAUAAAAAGGGUCAUGCAAGGUUUGUCAUAGCAGUAAUUCAUGGCGCAGCUACUUAUCUUCCAGAUAUACUUGAAUAUAUGGCUGAGACCUAUCCAAACUUAACUGUUAAAAAUGGAUUACUUAGCAAAAGCUCGGAUAUUGAAACAACAACAUUGUCAGCUUACAGCAAAAAUGUCUGCCAACACUAUGAAGCAGGAACUGUUAGAUUUGGACCACUACAUCAAAUCAGUAUUGUAGGAACCGCUCAUGAAGAGGUUGGAGGAUAUUUCCCUGAUAUUUUGGAUUUACUCGAGGAAAAUCAGUUUCUUAAAAUGACAAUGCCUUGGGGUUCACUAUCUAUUUUAGACUACAUUAAACCUACUGAAAGUAAUGACGGUCCUAUAAUUUGGUGUAGGCCAGGAGAACAACUAGUUCCAACUGUCGAUAGUCGAACGCCAAACAAAAGAAAAAGAACUGGAAUAAAUGAAUUGAAGAAUCUUCAGUACUUGCCCAGGAUGUCAGAAGCCAGAGAGCAUCUUUUUGAGGAUAGAACUAGAGCGCAUGCAGAUCAUGUGGGCGCUGGACUUGAUAGAAAAACUACAGCAGCUGUUGGAAUUUUAAAAGCAAUUCAUGGAGGCAAACGAGAGGGUUCGAUUAAUAGGAUUACUAAAGACGUGGUGGCCUUUUCUGCUGCUCAUUUUGAUGUUUUAGCUGAGAAAUUACAGCUUGAUUUGCAUGAGCCACCUAUUUCUCAGUGUGUCCAAUGGAUUGAAGAUGCGAAACUAAAUCAGUUAAGAAGAGAAGGAAUAGAAUAUGCCAGGAUAAAUUUGUAUGAUAAUGACAUAUACUUUUUGCCAAGAAAUAUUAUACAUCAGUUUAGGACAGUCACAGCAGUAACAAGUAUUGCUUGGCACGUGAGGUUGAAACAAUAUUACGAUUUAGAACUUGAAACCAAAGAGAACUCCUUUGCCUGUAAAGCAAACGAAAACCACCAAAAUAAAAGUUCCAAAUUUACAAACCACUCUCCUGGUAUUAAAGCAGAAGAUGUGGAAAAAGUGAAACAUAAACUUGACUUUGAGAAAUUAAAGAUUAAAAUCGGCGAAAAAGUUAAAGUAUAUAACGAAAAAGAGAAGGAAAAACACAAGACGUCUAGUAGUAGUGACGAAAGAGGAAGGGAUAAAGACCGUGAUAGAGAUCGUCAUAAAGAUAGAGAAAAAUAUCGAGAUAAAAAAGAACACCGACGUAAGGAUAAAGAUCGACAGGAUAAAGACAGAGAGAGGCAUAGAAGCAGAGAAAGACCCAAACACCAUCACAGUUCGAGUUUCAAUAAGGAUAAAGAUAAAAAAGAAAGAAAUGAACAUCACCGGAGCAAUAAGUCAAAAAAUUCUAGUAGUAGCAAACAUCACCAUGCAGCAAAUGAAGGCGCAAAGACGAUAACUAAAAAUGAAUCUGCAUCGUCCUGUACCGAUUUGUCAACAACAUCACUGGUAACUAAUCAUUCCGAAUCACCGUCACUUAAAAGUAGUAGCAGUCAAUCUCUAGGUAGUACUACUAAUUCUCCCACAAAAACUGUUGAACGUCGAGUUAGUGGAGAAGUAAGCCCCACUAAAAAACCUUUAAAAAUUAAAAUUAAACCUUUACCUCCUCCUCCAUCCAAUGAUGUUUUGGGCGAUAUCCUUUCUUCUAUGUCAACCAACAAUCCCACUAUUUAAUAUUAAGCCACAGAUUGAGUAAAAAAUGUCGAAGCUGGUCAAGCUUGAUUUUUUUUAAUCAAUCUGGACGUGUAUAUAAUUUUAUUGUGUAUAUUAGUUCAACCCCUGUAAUAUAAUGUUUAAGUAUUAAAAAUAGUUAUUAUUUAGGGUAUUUGAGCGAGGAGUAUGGUUCUACAUGUAAAUAUAAUUUUCAAAUAUUUGCUGUUAAAAUAUAUUUAUACCAUAAUAAGAAUUUAUUUUAUCAAUAUUUUAUUAUACUUACAAAAUGCCAUACGAUCCUUGCAGUUAUUUUGUGUAAUUCACAAUUUGUUAAUAUUUAAUUUAAAACUUAUAUACAUUAACUCAAUAGUUAAGUAACAUACUUAUGACUUACGUAGAUAUUAAACGUUACUUGUAUUGAUCAGAACCAUCAUUUCUUUAGAUAGUAAUCUUCGAACUUAUAUACUUUCUAUGACAUUUUUAAGGAAUUUUAAUUUAAGCAACAUAACGGUAUACAGUAAUACGGUUACCAUCCUUUUGAAGGGCUUUUUUAUAGGUCGACAUUAGCAAACCACUUCUAUAGUUACAAAUUCUAUAGAUAAUACAUCUUAUGGAGAGAUACAUUGAAAGUCUAAAAAACUAAUAAUAAUUAAGUCGAAUCUAUGUGUCAUGACAAUUCCAUUGUCAUUAGAUUUUAUUUUAAGCGAAUAGUUUUUCGUUUUAUUUAAACAAAUCCGACAAACGCACUACACAUUAAUUACAUUUAUCAUAAUUUUGUGUAUAUAUAAAUUAUAUGCUUAUAAACUGAUUAAUCAGAUUAUAUUUACAUGUAGUAUGUAGCUUUUCGUCAGACAUGUAAUGCUAAUAAGAUACAAAGAAACGGAACCACCCAAUUUUCACUCCUCAUAUUUUUCAACGUUGAUUUAUGUGGUGCUGUGUAUAUUUGUAUAAUAUAUUUAAACUUUAAUGGAUGGGACUAACAAUUAAACUCUUGAUUGCUGCUUUAAAAAAAAAAUUUAACUAUAAAUAGAUUAAGCUAAAUACUUUUGAUUUAUUCUUAUUAAAUAUUUAAAAAUAGUUUAUAUAAGUUUUUUCUGGAAAAAGAAUUUGUUUAUUGCAGUUUUUUUACUAUAAUUAAGUAUAUUACUAGUACUUAAGAUAUUCAAUUAGUUAGGGAGUACAAAGAUUUUUUAAGUAGAUCCUACUAUUAAUUUUUGUAUUAAAAAUCGCUUCAUAAUUUCUAACAAUAUUAUGUCGUACUUUUCUUCAAACUUUAAAAAAUAUUUGCGUGAACAUUAUUUCGAUCUCAGGAAAAAUAUUUAAAAAUUACCAUAUUUAAUUUAUAGUUAAUCCAAAUAGUGUAUAUAUUAUGUAAUAUAGCAGUUUUACUGUACAGUUUUUUUACAUAGUUAAAUGUGUUAGGUAUUGUUUUGAUUUUAGUUGAAAUAAAAAGGUUGCUACAAAUAUUCAAAUCCAUUUAUAAUUUUUUUAAAUAUUUUGGACUGGGAAAAACGCCAUAUAUCAUAAUAUUCUAGUAAAAUUCAUAUUCAUAAAUAUGAGGUUUCAGUUAUAUAGCUAUUCAAUAAUAAAAUAUACUUUAUAAGUAACUAAUAUUAUUUUUUAUAAUUAGGGGUUUAAAGAUAACCCUAAAAAUUAAAGAAUAAAAUUAAGGGUUCAGUGAUACAAGUAAGUUGUUGGCACUAAAUCCUUUUGGUUGUUUUUGUUUUAAUUUAAUGUCUAUUUCAACCUGUAUCUCGAAAUGCGCCGGAAAAUUCUGUCCGAUUUAUAAUAUUAACCUUAGAAAAAAGCGAAAAUGAGAAAACAUUCUCAUAGUUUUGUUAUUUUUUGUAAAUCCAUUAUCUAUUUUAUGUCCACAUAUUUUUCAUUUUAAUUAUAAUAUAUUUUGUAUGAUAUACGUACAUUUAACCUACACUACCGGACAAAAGUGGAGAAACAAAGUGUCUUUUGUAUUUAUUUUUAUAUUAGUGUAUUUGAUCAUUAAUUUUUUAUUUAAAUAUAAUUUUGUUUCUAGUCUUCAGUACCUCAAUAAAAAAUUUAAAAAAAAAAAAAAAACAAGUGACAACUAAUAUAUUUUAUUCUUGUUUUUACAGGGGACAAAAGUGGAGAAACACUAUUUUUAUUUAUUUUUUAUACACAAUGUAUUAGUUAGUUGUACAUACAAAGACUAAUAAUGUGUAGCAAAACCCAAUAUAAUAUGUCAAUAUAAUAUGCUGAAAUGGAAUUCCACUCCUCUUGAAGAGCUGUGAACAAAUCAUCCUGGUUUCUAAAUUUAUCUUUAUUUUUUUGUUAGGUUUUAUAGGUUUUCUAUCGGGUUUAGAUCCGGACUUUGUGCGGGCCAUUUCAUAAGGGGCACAUUGUUGUCUUCAAACCAUUUCUUUACUACUUUUGCGAUAUGCUUCGGAUCGUUAUCCUGCUGAAACGACCAUCGAAGCGGCAUAUUUUCUUCUGCGUAUGGAAGCAUAUGAUCCUGAAGAAUUCUUAAAAAUUGAAAUCUGUCCAUUUUUCCUUCAACUUUUCUUAAUGGUCCUACUCCUGAUCCGGAAAAGCAACCCCAAACCAUGAUAUUGCCUCAUCCAUUUUUCACAGUUGCCCUGGUGUACUUUGGAUUAAGUCUAGUAUUGGCAGACGACGAACCCAUUUCAUUCCAUCAGAUCCGAAUGAGCAGAACUUACUUUCAUCAGAAAAUAGAACCGUUUUCCGCUUUUGGGUUGUCCAAUCAAGAUGUUCCUGUGCAAAUUGGAGUCUAGCCAAUCUAUUCUUUUUAGAAAUGAAUGGUUUUUUGGCUGGACGACGGCUACAAACGACGACGAAUAGUACGCACAGAUACCGAAACCCCAGGUAUUUCAUUAUAUAUUUCUGUGGCGGGCAUAAAGGGAUGUUCUGCUGCCAACAUUUUUAUUUUUCUCUCAAUAACUUUAUUCGUUUUCCUUGGCCGUCCAUACCUUGGACGGGUAGUCACACUAUUAUAUUUUUUAAAAGCAGCAACUACGGAUCUAUUACGAUUCAUUUGCCUAGCAAUUUCACUUUGUUUUACACCAGCUUGAAAUUUUGAAACAAUUAAUUUUUGGAGAUCAAUACUCAGAUCUAUUCCGCGAGGCAUUUUGCACAAAUCGUAAAUAACAGUUUAACACUCAACGUUAAGAUCAAACUAAUGAUAAAUAAUCACUUUAAAUACCAAAUAUGAUUUGUUUGGAAUGUUUAUUCACUUUUGUCCGCAUAAAAUAGCAUAAAUAAUUUUUUGAUCAACUGAUAAAGUAAAUACAAACAAGAAGGAUGUGUUUUUAUGCUGCAAUAAUAGAGCUAAAUAUUUUCUACUAAAAAUGUAAAAUAAUAUCUUGUAUGUUAAGAUGUUAUUGUUAAAUUUGUAAAUGUUUCUUCACUUUUGGUCGGUAGUGUAUGUACGUACAUUUAUCAGAUUUAAAGUAGUACAUUUAUCAAAUUUAAUGUUUUGAAACGUUUACAUUUUUAUGUGAACAGAAAAGUAAAAAAGUUAGCGAGUCAUUAUUUUUGUGAAUGGAUUUGACAUAUUGUAGUAACCAGUAUCAAAUAAAUAAAGUUAAUUCAUUCGUCAAAACUAUUCGUAAAAUUAUAAUUAAUAAUAUGUUGUGAAUACAAAUUAUUUAGAAAUUGUAAAUAAAAUCUAUUUAUUUGAGCCAUUGUAAUACAGACUGUUAAGCCUAAAUUUGCAUAAACAUGAAGGAACAAUAAGUGGAAGGAAGCCAAACAAAAGAAUUAUGUUAUAAUGUGCGAUUCAAGUCCAAUCUGGUAUCUCGUUAGCUCUAAGGGCUACUAAGGUCAUUAAAUUGGGUAAAAUUAUGCGAUAAUGUGAAAAACAAAUAUGUCGCUUCAAUACAAUAUUUUAGGUAGUUACCAUAAGAGCAAGAAUUAUCAGUGGUUUAUGUUAGCCACAUAAAUAUGCAUCCUUACCGCAAGUUAACUGUGUUCAUAUCGAGAUUCAAACGGUGAUUAUCAAAUUUUAAAGCACAUAAAUGAAUACGUAUAUAAUAUGAGAAUCACCAUUGCACACAUACAAUAUAUAAGAGUAAUAAGUACUUAGGUUCCAAAUUGUAAAUUUUCACAAUAUCUGAAUAAAGUUAUUUUCUCAACUUUA